GGGUAUUCGAAUGUGAAUCAAGAAACUCAUAAGAUGCAAGAAGGGAAGACUUUAUUCGCCAGAAUCGAUGAUUCUCCUAUGUUUCGUCAACAGAUCCAAUCAUUGGAGGAAAGUUCUGAGACUUUGAGGGACAAAUGUCUAAAGUAUUAUAAAGGAUGUCGAAAGUACACAGAAGGGCUUGGAGAGGCAUAUGAUAGAGACAUUGCUUUUGCCAGUUCACUUGAAAUCUUUAGUGGAGGGCGUAAUGAUCCCAUUUCUGUUGCAUAUGGAGGCCCUGAUAUGGCCAAAUUUGCUAUCGCUCUGAGAGAAAUUGGAACCUACAAGGAAGUUCUUCGGUCACAGGUAGAGCGUAUAUUAAAUGAUCGAUUACUGCAUUUAGCAACCAUUGAUCUUCCAGAUGUAAAGGAAGCUCGGAAGCGUUUUGACAAAGCCAAUGUUGCUUAUGAUCAGGUUCGAGAGAAGUUUUUGUCAUUGAGGAAAAGUACUAGGAUGGAUAUAGCUGCAGCCAUUGAGGAGGAACUUUACAAUGCAAGGUUGAGCUUUGAGCAAGCCCGCUUUAAUCUGGUCGGUGCUCUUUCUGCGGUUGAGGCCAAAAAGAAGUAUGAAUUUUUGGAAGCUGUUGGCAGUAUGAUGGACAGUCAUCUUCGGUUUUUCAAACAGGGGUAUGAAGUUUUGCAUCAAAUGGAGCCUUAUAUCAGCCAGGUCUUGGCUUAUUCACAAAAAGCUCGAGAAAGUUCCAUGUAUGAGCAGGCAGCUCUCAAUGAGAGGAUGCAAGAGUACAAAAGGAAAAUAGAUCAAGAAAGGAGAUGUUCGUUCAAUGGGUCUACAAAUGGUGACGUCACACAACCUUUUUCCAGGAGUUCUCACAAACUUAUUGAAGCAGUCAUGCAAUCUGCUUCUGAAGGAAAGGUACAAACUAUAAAACAAGGAUACCUGUCAAAGCGUUCUUCUAAUAUCAGAGGUGACUGGAAGAGAAGAUUCUUUGUUCUAGAUAGCAGAGGAAUGCUGUACUACUAUCGAAAACAAUUGAGCAGGCCAUCUUUUCAGGGUUCUGCCAGCCCACUCCUUUCAAACAGAUGCUCUUCCCCAGAACCGGGAUCAGGACUGCUGAGUCGUUGGCUUUCUUCUCAUUAUCAUGGAGGUGUACAUGAGGAAAAAGCUGUUGCACGUCACACAGUGAACCUACUGACAUCAACAAUAAAAGCAGAUGCAGAUCAGUCUGAUCUGAGAUUUUGCUUCAGAAUAAUUUCACCAACAAAGAAUUAUACUUUGCAGGCAGAGAGUGCAGCGGAGCAAAUGGACUGGAUAGAAAAAAUAACAGGAGUUAUUACUUCAUUGCUAACUUCCCAGACACCUGAAAGGCAUUUCUCUGGUAGUCCCAUUAGUGAAAGUAGUUCUAUAGGAAGUCCAAUUGACCAUGAUCAAAGAGCAAUGGAAGAGUACACAUCUGGGAGGGAUCUUACUGGUAGAUCUUUCAUACGCCCAUCCAAAAGUUCAGUGCACAUCCUCAGCACGAAAAGAGAGAAACCAGUUGAAGCACUAAAACGGAUACCUGGGAAUGAUAAAUGUGCUGAUUGUGGUGCUCCUGGACCAGAAUGGGCUUCUUUAAAUCUUGGACUUCUUAUAUGCAUUGAAUGUUCUGGUGUUCACCGGAACUUUGGUGUACAUAUAUCCAAGGUAAGAUCUUUGAAACUUGAUGUUAAAGUGUGGGGGCCUUCAAUCAUAACGCUUUUCGAGGCACUGGGUAAUGUGUUCGUGAAUUCUGUUUGGGAGGAGCUGUUGCAUGCAAGAAAAACGUUUCAGGCUGAUGAAAUACCAAUGCGGUUUUUUGAGUCUGAAAAACACAAAGAGUUCUUUGGAAAACCCAGUUAUGCUGAUCAUAUUUCAGUAAAGGAGAGAUUCAUUCAUGCAAAGUACGCAGAAAAACGUUUCAUUCACAAGGUGAAGGACACUACACACCUCCUUUCGGUUGCAGAACAGUUGUGGGAAGGUGUCCGUGCAAAUGACAAGAAAGCUGUAUAUCGUCUCAUUGUGGUCUACCAAUCUGAUGUUAAUGCAGUCCAUGGGGAAGAAGCAUCACCUGGCAGUGAUAGUUCAAGCUCAUUUAACCCACAAAGUGAAAGUGAAGAGCAUUGCAUUGCUGAAUUUCUUGAUGGCUGUUCCUUACUUCACCUAGCUUGCCAAACUGCUGAUAUUGGCAUGGUGGAGCUGCUUCUGCAGCAUGGUGCCAACAUAAAUGCUUGUGAUUCACGAGGUCAGACCCCACUGCAUCAUAGUGUUAUGAGAGGAAGAACUGCAACUUCCAAACUGUUACUUGCGAGGGGGGCCAACCCACGCAUUGCUGAUCUUGAAGGCAAGACCCCAUGUCACCUUGUCUCAGAAUUAGCCCUCAAUGAUGUGGAGAUUCUUUCCCUCCUGAAAGUUGCAAAUAGAUAGCAGCAGCACAAAGGUCACUCGGAGGUAAGAGUUUCCACGUCCCACAGAGUGAUGCGUUAUCUUCAAAGCAACUAAGGUUUAAGCUAUCUCGGAAAACAGCUUGCUAUAAUGUCCAGGUCUUGGAGAUUUUAAUAUAUGCAGCCUUCAUGGAAUGAAGGAGAGAAAUCUCUUUGCGUUGGCAAAUUGGAGCGAAGAGAUGAUAUAACAGAGAGUGCCCAGGAUGUUUAGUUUGCUGCUUCACUCAUGCUUCAAGAUGCAUAAUCCACUUGUUCAUAUGUAUUUUUCAGCGUUUAGUUUCUUCUCUAUAAAUUCUUGCAGAGCUUACAGAAUUAGACAGUAGAUUAGUUGUAAAUAGUUUGUUAUAUUAAAUUAGUUUGAGAUGCUGUAGAAACUGAAGAGGUGCAAAGUGAUAAUUUUUUUUCUUCCCCAACUAUAUAUAUAAAGCAAACUCAUGUUGAUCAAUU